AUGGGACAUCGUCGAGUAGCAAAAAAUUGUGGCGUCGGUUCGCAGCGCGACGUCGGCGGCGUCGAUCUCGAUUCGGUCGUCACCGCCACCGUCGCCGCCGCACAUGAUCCUCCUCCUCUUCCUCCUCCUCCACCAGCAGAAGCAUCAGCGAUCAUCAUCAUCAUCAUCGCUGCUCACUUGCAUAAUAAACAAUACGAUCCGCAUGCAAACAAGCGGAAGCUCAAACAAUAUCGGGGUCGGCUAAGUCCGAGAGUAGAGCAUUGGCGGAAGCCUUACGAAGAGUUACGGAGAGGUGAUGCUGUUUCUGAGUUCUGA